AUGUCUCAUCCGUGUUUAUGGCCUGGAAAGACCUUUUUCUAUCCCAUCGGCAAUACUACUGCGGUAUGCUUAACCCAGGACCUUGCGCCAGAAGAAAAUGCCAACGUCCUUCUCCUGGGAUGCGGCGAUCCAAGGAAUAUUCUCUACACUCUGUACGCCAGCGAGGCUGACUCGGCAUCCUUUUCUCGGAGCCUCGACUUCACCUGUUGUGAUGUUGAAGGUGCUGUGCUAGCUCGCAAUGUCCUUCUUCUCUCCCUUUUGGCAAAUGGCGGAGCUUUGGAGAGAGUGGAUCAGAUAUGGGACAUCUUCUAUCACUUUUAUCUUGACGACAGUACGUCGUCGCUAUUGGUGGAUCAAUCACAAAAGCUCGUCAAACUAUCCAAGGACCUUUCGACAUGGGAGAGCAGCGAAUAUGGUACCUUUUUGAGGAUGUGCACAGAUCGCACGCUCUCGGACCUUCGUGGAUACUGGUCUUCUUAUGCAAGCACAGGUACCUUCACGCAUGAAAAACAAAUUCGCAUGCGAAAAGCUUUCUCGGAAAGCAUACGGUCAGCAGGAGACGGUACUUUGCUCGGAGGUGGAUACAAUUUCACUGGAGGUCGCUCAGCUGGGCCCAUGUCAGCCUACAUUCUUCGAGUCGUCGCUGAUCAGUUUCGCCGUUAUUGGAAAACGGGAACGACAUCAAGCGAUGCAGAGUCGUUAACUCACGUCAAUCCGACGUUUGUGUAUUCGUCCAAGGGUGAUAGGUUUUUAGUGCAUUACGGCACUGACCCUCUCUUGUCGUUCCAUCUCGCAGAAGCCUAUACCAACAUGCGCGAUACACCUAAACCGACCGAGUCUGUUACGGUGGAAGACGUGGUGUCUGUUGCUAGGGCCCAAUUUCGUCGAUGGUGUACAUCAUUUGUCAAUGUCCUGCGUGCGGGUGAUCCACGCCCUCUGGUUACAGUUAGAUUUUUUGUAGGCGAUGCUUUGUCGUUUUGUCGUGCUCUUCGGUGCUGUAACAUCACACGAACUACCGUCACCCCCAUAUAUAACGCCCCUUGGAGCGUAUCGCGCCUGGAGUUGAAUGACAAUGACUAUGGAGCUAACGCAUUGUCUCCUGCCCCGACGGAGUUCAACGUCAUCGAGACCUCAAAUAUAAUGGAUCAUGUCGGGCUUCUGAACGUGCUCAUCGCCGCAUCUCCAUUGCUGAUACCAAGCACAUCGUCAACCUUGCUUACUGAAGCACUGUUAUCAUCUGGAAACGACCCUUUCACAGGGAUACUAAAGCGUGUUUGUGCUGACCUGCCGACAUUGUCGCUGCUCAUCGGCCUCAUUCCAUCCACUUUUAUUUCUCGGUUCACCACCCAAUCUAACAUGCACGAAAUCCUUUCUGCUCACGUUUCCCAGUCCCCCCAGUUCCAUGAGCGUUUGUCGUGGAAGUCAGCGGCUGGAGGAGACACCAUCGCUGCCCAAUGUGACAUAGACAUCAGCCGCGCUACUACGUUCUCACCCGAACAGCUUGCUAAGAUUCUGUUCGAUAUAUACCUGAAAAUGUUUUCCGAGGAAAACGUCAACAUACUUUUCCAGCUCGCAGUUUCCGAAAAUAAAAUUAACAAUAUAAUUCAUUACAACCGUCGUACCUUUGCGGAACUCGUAGCGGUCAUAAAGGAGAGGAUUCACAUGGAUUGGACGCAGGUAAUGGAAAUGUUUCAUGACCUAGUCGCGAGAGACCACACUCUGGUUACGGGACUUAACUACUACCAAGAUUUAUGCUGCCAGCUCCAUCUUCUCGGUGUGUAUUCUGCGGAUACUCUCCGCGUCGAGGGCGACUUUCUUUCUCCGCAAAAAGUCAAACAAUCAGCCAUCUUCCGAGGCUGGAAAAGUGUCCCACCUAGUGUUUGCAUUGUCUUGGAGGUCCCAAGCAGCAGUCUCGCACCUAUCGCUACUGCACUCGACAAAACGGGCACACCUAUGCUACAUUGUGAGAUUAGAGGAUCAACUUUCCAGAAUGCGUUUUCGUGCAUCCAGGCCACAUAUGGUGCUGUCGCCGUUUCAGGAUCUGGAGAAGACCGAAGAAUAGUCAUAACUGAAGACCACGCCGGUGGGACCACGGCUCCUCUGGUCGUGUCAUUCUGGGCACCUUCCUGGAUUUUGAUGCUAGAGUCGACCAUACGUGUCGGAUUUGGUGUUCGCCCCACUCCUGCCAGCACCGUUAGCUUGACCCAGAAGUUGGGGCUGGAUUUAAUGAUAUAUACCACAAAGGUUACAGACGAUCAGCACGUACACGUCGUCACAGAGCGUCCCAAUCUUGAUGGAGAAGUGACGAAAGAGGCUGCUGUCUUGAACAAGGCAAAAAGCCGAUGUUCACGAUCUCCUCACCGUGUUGCUGUGACUAUGGACCGUGCCUGCAGUGAGAUCGAGAAUUUGACCGUUCGAAUUGAUAUUACGGAUCCUGCUGCACAGUCUGCUCUGUCCAAAGGUUCUGGAGUUACUGUGGAACAAGUAACGCCUUGCGCGGUACAGGUUUGUAUCGAAAAUUACAAUCAUGUGAUAUCAUUCCCCCUUCCGGUCAACGCCGGAAAGUCAAAAGUGCGUGUAGCACGCAAGUCCAAGUAUGUAGAGGUCGUUGCACCAUUGUCCCCGGCCGAUGUUACAAAUCGUUUAGAACUUCCUACAGGGAAAUUCCCGGUGAUAGUUCAUGGACGUAUUCCGACGCUGUGGAAUAUACACCGCGUAAACCUUGACCGACUGCCUGUCGUUAACACUAAAGACCCAGCGAAGUUGCAAUGGAUCGUUGGUCACACCACUUUAAUGUUGUCUGACCGAGAGAAAAAGGCUCAGGGCGAGGCCGUAACGAAUGAUAAGGUGCCACAGGAUGUACUGGUGAACCUGAAGGAGUCUCUAUAUGCAAUCUUCACUGCUUCUACUGGAGUGCAGCAGCCUAAAACGUGUGCGUUUGGUCUGUCUGAUCCAGACUCAGUUGGCGUCUACACGCUGAUCUUCGUGACCGAUGUCCGACUCGAUCUGGGCUGUCAUACGAUUGUAGCGGAUGCUUGGGUUUUGCCCCUAACCAUUGACAUCAUGAGUGACAUUUCGCGCGCGGUUCGUGUAAUCAUGGGUGAUUUGACGCAGAUCAGAACAGAUGCUGACGAGAUGAGAGCAUGGAAGCAGCUCCUACCCGCAUUGACAGAACGUUGCCGUACAUGGAGACACAAAGACAGUUGCGAGUACUUGGCGAAAGGCACCAUUCCGUUGUCUAAGGAGUACGGGGAAAGCCCGAUCUGCACGUGCGGAAGAGGGGUGGGCACGGCUGCCCUGCGGAAGGUGAAAGGAUGGAAGGACUUUGCGCCUUUUGUGACCAGGAUAGCGCUAAGCCCGAUCUUUGCUGUAUCAUAUCUGGAGAGUAUUGGGAAUUUUUCAGAGAACCUUAACUCUGAGGAGGCACAGAGUCGAGAGUCGAGGUUGAAGGAUGCUGGGGGGUCGACGCAGCAGAACUCUGUCUGCGCAGCUUGUGAGAAAGAAGGAAAGCCAAAGCUACUAUUGUGCAGCAAAUGUAGGAAGGUGAGCUAUUGCUCUGUUGAGUGUCAGCGGCGAGAAUGGAAGAAACACAAGCCGCAGUGUGCUGUGCUGAAGGAAUAUUAAGAACUGAGAGAUGGUUGGAAGUUCGGUGACUUGUGCAUUCACAGUCAAAGAAUGUCUACGCUUUUUAUAUAGAAAGCUCUAUUUCCCUGGACCAUGUUAUACCCUACCAAUGUACUAUACGGGCCAGCAAUACAGGAGUACUUUACCCGUCGGGA